AUGAAAGGAAGAGCCGCCAUUAUUCUGAGAAGGGGCCCACAGGCCUCACCAGCCUACCAGAGGGAUUCCCCUGGCAGAAGGGGAGAGGCCGGAGACAAGGAGCUCAUCGGGGAGAUGGGGCCCCCGGGGACCCCAGAGCUGGCUGGAGGCUCUGCGGAAAUUCUAGAAUUGGCUGGGAAUGCCGCAAGGGACAACAAGAAGGCCCGGAUAGCCCCAAGACACAUCCUGCUAGCAGUUGCCAACGAUGAGGAACUCAAUCAGCUGCUGAAAGGAGUGACCAUCGCCAGUGGAGGUGUCCUACCCAGAAUUCAUCCCGAACUGCUGGCCAAAAAGCGAGGGACCAAAGGCAAGUCGGAAACUAUCCUCUCCCCUCCCCCAGAGAAAAGAGGAAGGAAGGCGGCGUCAGGCAAGAAGGGAGGCAAGAAAUCCAAGGCUGCCAAACCACGGACGUCCAAAAAGUCCAAACCAAAGGACAGCGAUAAAGAAGGAACUUCAAAUUCCACCUCCGAAGAUGGGCCGGGGGACGGAUUCACCAUUCUGUCAUCUAAAAGCCUCGUUCUAGGGCAGAAGCUCUCCCUGACCCAGAGUGACAUCAGCCAUAUUGGCUCCAUGAGAGUGGAGGGCAUUGUCCACCCAACCACAGCCGAAAUUGACCUCAAGGAAGACAUAGGUAAGGCCUUGGAAAAGGCUGGCGGGAAAGAGUUCUUGGAAACGGUAAAGGAGCUCCGCAAAUCCCAAGGCCCUUUGGAAGUCGCCGAAGCCCCUGGCAACCCCCAGUCCGCCUUCUGCCUCCAUGGACGUGCCUGUUCUGGACAUUUCACGUCAACAGAAUCACAGGCCAUAAACUGCUUCCCCAAACAGACGGCAGCCCAGGUGACCCUCAAAGCCAUCUCGGCCCACUUUGACGACUCGAGCGCAUCCUCGCUGAAGAAUGUCUACUUCCUGCUCUUUGACAGCGAGAGCAUUGGCAUCUACGUGCAGGAGAUGGCCAAGCUCGAUGCCAAGUAG